UAGAGCUUGUAACCAGAAUGGAUCUGCUUAAACAUCUCUUUGUGUUACUAUGUUUUACAGGUUUAUCUUUCAACAUUUUUCAUGUUGAACAGUUUCCAAAUAUCUGUGAAGACCUGGGGAGAACUAUUAAUAUCAGCUGUUACUAUGGAAAAGAUGUGAUUACCCGUGCAAAGACAGAAUGGUGGUUUAAGACAGAGAAUACAACAGAAGACAAAAUUGUCAUAACUUCAGAUACUACUUAUGGAAAUCAGUUUCACACACAACAUGACCAGUUAAAUAAAAGAUACGUGUUAACAGUUAAAAAUGUCCAGGUUCAAAACAAAGGAAUUUAUACUUGUAAGAUAACUAAAAUUACCCCACCACCAGCAAUAUCAGGCAUAGGAAAUGGAACCAAGUUAUGUGUACAAGCUCCACCAAAGACUAUGGAAUUCAGAGCUCUUUCACAUUCUCUGAUAUCAUGUGGCACACAUAGCUUCUACCCCAAAAAUAUCGAGAUGCAUUUCCAAAGUACAUGUGGCACAUAUCAAACCUUAAACGAAUCACUUGACCAAAACUAUGAUAUGACAUUUAAUGCCACAAAGAAGUUUGUGAUAUCUUUUGAAGCCUGCCACAAUGGAACAGAAAUAAGCUGUGUAGUGCAUCAUGCACAGUCUCGGGUGACACUAAAUAAAUCUCAGUGGAUAUCCGCUAAAAGAGAAAAAGGUUACUAUCACAGCAGUACUAUGCUACUGGCAUCUGGGAUAACUGCUGGUGUUGGCAUAAUUGCAGUUGUUACAAUUCUUAUAAAAGGAUGUCUCUGCUGUGAACAUAAAAGUCAGAAUGCUCUGCAAAAGGAUGGUUUAUCAUGGCAUGGCAAAAUGAACACAACAGAAACCAAUGGAAAUGAGGAAGAAGAUUUUGUUUCAUAUUCAACAGUAAAAAUUAGUACUAAGAAGACACAUAUAAGAAAAAAUGAUGAAGUUUUGUACAGUACAGUCAUAAACAAAUAAAUGAAUAAA